AUGUCCUGGGUUGGGCCCCUUCAUCUCACCCUCUUCGCUGCAACAAGCCUGUACCUGACGCUCGCAAUUUGUAAAGAUGCUCUCCAAGUUUCGGAAUCCCGGUCGUUGGGUAACCCCUCGUUUGUUGAGGAAAUCUUGCCGGCUGAAGGCAGCUCCCGCACGCCCAAGCCAUCGAUAUUCAAUGAGUUUGCACUGAGAGACCGAGUAGGGGUUGUAUCAGGUGCGAAUCGAGGUCUUGGUCUCGAGAUGGCUCUCGCUCUGUGCGAACUUGGAGCCAAGAUCUACGCGAUCGAUCUUCCCUCGACUCCAUCACUUGAAUUCAAGAUGGUUGCGAACCAUGUGAAGGUGAUGGGUGGGGGAAGAAAACUCGAGUACAUCAGUGGAGAUGUAACUGAUCAGAUGACGGCCAGAGCGGAGGUUGAGAAGAUUAGUAAGAAGGAAGGGAGAUUUGACGUAUGCAUUGCCGCGGCCGGUAUCCUUGGCCAAUCGACCCAUGUCUUGGAGAUUGAUGCGAAAGAAUUUGAAAAUUUUCUUGCCGUAAACACUCACGGCGCGUUCUAUACUGCCCAAGCAGCCGGUCGGCAAAUGAUUAAAUUUGGGAAUGGCGGGUCUAUCAUCAUGAUUGCUUCCAUAAGUGGUCAUGUCACGCUCCGGGACCACAAAUGGGUUGCAUACAGUGCUUCCAAAUCUGCUGUACUUCAAAUGGUUCGGAGCAUGGCUUGUGAGCUUGGACCCGAGCGAAUUCGAGUCAACUCACUCUCACCGGGUUAUAUCUGCACCAAAACGACAGCUGCCUUGCUUGAUUCCCAUCCCGCACUGCGUGAAAAGUGGGCAUCUUCUAAUCCCUUAGGCCGACUUGGAGCGCCAGAGGAGCUUCGAGGUGUUGUUGCGUGGCUGGCAAGCGAUGCGAGCACCUUCUGCACGGGAAGCAAGCUGAGUACCCCUAUUAUCGUCAGUGGUGGCCACACCAUCUGGUAA